GGGGCGGGCUGUGCGCGCCCGCGGUUUCUCGUGCUUCUCUCACUCAAGAGACUCACUCGGUGCGCGCGCUGCACACACUAAACUCAAGUUUUCAACACCGGCUGAAUUAAGUCGGAGUCUAAAUAGCCAAAAACAUCCGUGUACCGGGACACACUGGACGUACUCCUCACGUGGUCCUGUGCCCUUCUGACCAGCGCACUUCCCCCACCCCUCGACACUUACUCCCCACCCCAGUGCAGCCCCACCAGUGGCCACCACCAUUUUGUAACGCAAAUCUUCCCGGUAUCGGAGGAUUUAUUUUUCGUGCCAGUGGCCAACGUUGGCUCGACACCAAACCAACCAAAAGGUGAUAUCGAGAUUGUUUUAUGGGGGGACUGAGGGAUUUAACGGAGUACUCCAGUGAUAUAUUUUCUGUGGUGCAAGUGUUUUUACUGUGAAAAGUUGGAUUUUUUUUAAAAAAGGGGGGGUGGGGGAAGACAGUGUUAUUUUUUUUUUUUUUCUAGUGGAGAACCGGCGAAAAAUUUCCAACGAUACGGAUCGCUGCGCCCCUCUACCGACUAACGUGAAACAGAAACUUGACUCUUCAAGCGUGCGCACGUUUGUGGCACUUGGCUAAAUGUCAAACGACUCUUGCAUGUUUCCACUGGGGAUUAAAGGAUCUUUCUCGUUAAUAUUUUUUAUUUCAAGUGUCUGAUGCACUUUGAGACGAAUUAACGCGGUGUGAGAAGCACUCAAAGUGAGAAUUCUUUGCCAAUUGAGAACGGAGAAAAGGGAUCAGUGAAAUCGUUGAGUUGUAAUCAUCUCAGUGUGGAAUUUAUUGUUGAGAACUCGAAUGUGUCAACAUCUGUUGUAGCAGAGGCUGGCCGCUUGUAUCUGGCGGGUACGUGGCGCCACAGGAGGCAGACGUGAUGAUCAGUUCCUCCAAAAUUCAGUAAAACAUCGGAAAAUUAAUUUUCACCUGUUGGUUUGUACCUCAACUCGGUGGUGGUGAGGUUUUUUUUUUUUUCGGUUUCUUUUUCAACCUCGGUUACGCACAGUGCCUUCCGGGUUCAUUCGUGUGCAUCGGAGGGGUCCGUAUGGAUGUGAUGAGUGUCGGGACACUAGGAUUAGUCAUUUUUACCGGUUAAUUCUCGGUGAUUUUAUUAUUUAUACGUAUUUGCCGUGAGUUUUGAGGUGUCAACAGACGUGUGGAGUUUCUUAAUGCUGGUUAUCGUGGUGUUGGUGGGGCCCGGGAGGAGCACGAAGGACCAUUGAACUGUUUUCACACACAACUGGUGACUCUCGUGAUUUUUCAUUCAAUCGUUGAGGUGCACCUGUUGAGACAUCCAGCCGAAGUAAACCGCAUCGAGUCCCAAGGAUGCCGUGGCUGAUCGGGCGAGAAGAUUCUCGACACGCUUGAGGUAGCCAGGAGGUAUUCCCACCCCUGGAUGCAACCAGACCGCAGAGUAUCCUCCAAAAAUCGUCUUCCAUCGCGAGGCUCUACCAGCCAUCGAUCUGCAUCAGGACCAGACAGCAGCAUAAAUUGUCCAUCUUCAGCACUGAAGGGCACUGGCGCAAGUGGUAUGGACCUGACGGAGACGUUUCCGGCGGGUGGUGUUCCCGGUGAUGACCUAGGGAAGACAGACUACUUCGAUUUCGUUGUGUCUCCUCCGCCGCACUGCGGCUCAACGGGCGGUGUCUCGGACGAGGAUAGUUACCUCCACCGAACCACCUGUCGAGGUAUGAGUUACCUGCAGGACAGCCGUCACGAUGACCACGACACUCACACAUCAUCCUUCAUCAAAGAAACCAACAACAACACCUUAACAGCAUUACCACCCGCAUCAACGUUGAUAGGAGCAAUGAACCAUCAUGGCGUUCGCAAUCACUGCGUCAGUACAGAGGUUCCAAUGGAACAAUCUGACUGCGACUACUGGAACACGGAUGACAGUAAGGAACAGACAGCUAGCAUAUUCCUGGAGGACCUCAACAAAUUUUGCUGGUCAACAGAAGCCACACCAACAAGUCACUCCGACGUCCCAACCACCGACAACUCUCACCGCAUCACAACUGCCAAUGACCGACAGAAUACAGACGGCGCCAUUUACACAUUAACUGUAUUAAACAAUGAGAAUUCGAUAGACGCCUUGGACUGUUGCAAAAGUCCAACAGCCCCGUCAACCGAUUCCUGGUCCCUCCGGCCAAACCUUGACCUCGACGCAAUUCUCAGUCUGGAGCCGAGUCCCAGCGAUCAAGAUCAUGACGUCCAGAGUUCCGUCGAUCAAACCAGAACUACCGAGAGGUACCACGUGAUAGCGACACCAUCGUCGCAGUACGCUGACGACAGUGGUUUCGUCGAGAGCAAGGAAUUAUGCAGGCAGUCAAAUCCUUCGGGCGAUAAUAACAACGAUUGGAAGCUGUCCGACCAGAAUCAGCUGCAGGAAGCGGUGGCUGCAGCUGCUGCUGAUAAUGCCGAGAGCCUCCUCAGGAGUGCCCUCACGGGGAAGAUCUACACAGGAUCCACGCAGAUACCCUCACCCUCUCCAUCCCAAGGAUCAACGAUCUCCUUAUCAGUCUCGAGUAACGCCAGCGGUGGUCUUCAGAUUCUCGAUCAUCAGGGCCAAGGGCAAUCCCAACAGCCACCCCAGGAGUCACAGAACGAAGCCAUGCACGCCUGCACGGACGAUGAUCUCCUGUUAUCUCAAUUGGCGAGUGCCCCAUUCCGACCCGGUGAGUACGAGAAACUCAAGAGCAUUGAGAACGAGGUGGUAGAGUCCUACUGCAGUUUGGAGCCAGUCUGCAACGUAUCCUCAGCCCCAACAGUCCUCUAUACACUAGAUCCUCAAAGUGGUAGUUUGGGUACGAUAACGUUGCCGGCCGAUUUGGGAACGGUAACGGUGGUCGCAGCCCAACAGGAUUUGCUGUCACAGACAACAACGAGAACCGAGGAGGCCCAGCCCACCAGUAAUCAGAUACAAAUAGCACCGGCAAGGUCCAGUACAAAGGCACCCAAAAAAUAUUGCAGAAGGUCCAACAAGAACAGUGCCAAUAGCAACGGUUCCUCAGGCAAUACUUCCGGCAAUGGUACCAGCGGACAGGGGAAUGGUUCAGGAUCACCAAGCUCUGUUCAACGAAAGGAAAGAUCCCUACACUACUGCAGUAUCUGCAGUAAAGGCUUCAAGGACAAGUACAGUGUCAAUGUUCACAUCAGAACGCACACCGGGGAGAAACCUUUUGCCUGCAAUAUGUGCGGUAAAAGCUUCAGGCAAAAGGCACAUCUUGCCAAACACUACCAGACACACAUGGCCGCCAAUAAAACUAAUGUUGGAAAUGGCAACAGCAGCAGCAACAGCAACUCAAGUCCCUCAGACACAUCACGAGGAAAUCACAGUGGUGAUUCAGCCGUUUGUAAUCCAUCGAGUUAGUUUAGCUGUUUUUAUAUAUUUUUUGAAUUAAUGUUUUUUUUUUUGUUGGAACCCUGAGACAAUUCUGAUACGGUUGCUAAAGGGAGUUUCUCGUGUGAUAAAUCCGGUGUUUAAACCGUGUACAAAGAGCUCUCUAUUUUUUCUAUAUUCUCUUUUUUAUCGCUGUUACAUUCACGAAUUGUCUUUUAUCAUGGAGAAAACAUUUGGGGUAUCGAUCAAUGCCCGAUCGUGUGGUGAACCGAUUUGCUGGAUUGGACACGUGUUAGGUGAGGUUUAUGGGAGGGGGUAUGGGGGGGUCGUAGGGACUGGAUGGUGCAACACGAAGGGGCCGUGACUAACGAUCGUACGUGGAGAAUUCAAUGCUCCACGAGGUGAACGGUAGUUGGGGGAGACGUACCGAUGUUGGAAAGGUGAUCCUCUUGUGGUUGAUGCUCGAAUUGAAUUUUUCGAGGCGAUUGCCGAUUUAUGGGACCGAUAGGUGAUGUAGAUGAACUACGAGUUGCACAGGUUUUACGAUGAACCUUGAGUUCGGGAGAAUUCUAUUGGAGGAGAUAUGAAAAAAUGCCACGAUUGUAUUCAAAAUUCGAUGUAUUCCAAUGCAUUUGAGAACUAAUGUAAGACUCAAUCUAUCCGUUACUCUUCCAGAACUAUGAUAAAAGUAUUAAUGACAAAUGAAUGAAAAAAUCGGAGUGUAUUUGUAAAGCGCCCGAUUGGAAAUUAGAAAAAUUAUUUAUAGUUAAUUAUACGAAUUCCUCAAUCCGUCCAUGACAGCUGUGAAAAUGUCACGGCCAAGUGGCGCUCAAAUGUGAUGCUUACAAAAGAAAGUCUUAAUUCAGGGUGAUUGCAAUCGCCUGGGACUGGUAUAAUGGAGAUAAAGGGAUUUCGAUAGAUAUGUUCUGUUCUGGUCGGUUACACGAUGUGUGGUAUUUAAAUUCUAUCUGAGACCUUCAGUCACACGAAAUGUUGCCCUGUAGCGGUGAGAUCGUUAUGUGCAGCUGAUUUUAUAAUAAAUGGAGAAAAGAAAAUGUGUGGAGACACUCUUGCCCCAUCGGCCACUCCACACACACGUAUUUUAUCAUAUUAUUUAUUUAUCGAGACUAGACUUUUUAUUACUUGGCCAACAGAACUAUGUAAAAUACCAUCCGAAUUCAUAAUUCAGUACUCCUUUAUUGUCUCAAUGUCGUUAAAUGGAAAUGUGAAAAGGAAUUUAUCGUUUAAAUUUCGGCUCUGGGCCCUCGUUGUUUAUUAUUUUUGAUGAAUCAUUCGUACUUGAAUAACAGCAAUAUUUAGGGAAUGAUUGAGAACGGUUGGGAAAGGUUAGAAAAUUUCGUAACAGUUUCCAAGGCACAAAAAAAUAAAUACUAUGUAGCAAACAUGUGAUUGACUUGUUCGUUGUGAAAAAAACAAAUUUCUGACUGCAUAUAUUUAUUCCAAUGGUGGAACAGGACAGGCUCUACCACUUCAAUUUGACCUUAAGUUUACGAACAUUUUACAAUGACUUUAUUGUUUUAACUUUGGAGGUCUGAAUUUUAAUUUCGAUGCUAAACUCUGGGAAAACAUUUUUUUAUCUUAAAAAAAUUAGAAUGUUCAUUUUCUUACGAAUGUUGAUCUGACGUAAUAGUUGCUCAUAAGGAUCAAAAAAGAUCUACUUUACGCACAAGUUGACCAAGCGAUAUUAUUCCAGAUACAAGAAAUUAAUUAACUGGACAUUGAAAGUACGUCUCAUAUUUUCCGAUUGCUUUUCAAUCAUGUAUUUAUUUCCUUGGGGGAGACCCCCCGCUGUGAGACCAUUAAUUACGUAUUAAUUUAAUUGUCGAGAUUUGUGUGCCCACACACUGAAGGGAUAUUGCAUGUCUCUAUCGGCCUAUUUUACGUUGAAUAAAAUUGCGAAAUGUUUUUCGUCUGCGUGAUUUGAUCUUAGAUUUUUUUACGAGCUAUUCACGGACACGUGGAGCCGAUUUUUAUCACUUGCGCAAUGAGAGGAAAUUGAUUUUUUUCUGCGCUUUCGGGGACUUUGAUCGAUGGGAGGGAAGUCGUGUGGGUUUGAUUUUUCCAUUGCGGAAUGUGCAUGGGAGAAGGGCAUUUGUGUCACUGAAUAGCAGUAAAAAUUUGUGAUGGAGAAUUCUUUCAAAAAAAUUUUUUUUUGUCAAUUUAAUGCUUUAUUUUAUAUGAGAUUGAAAUUACUUAUAUUCCUGACUUUAUAAUACGAUGAGAUUUACCGAGUUAUCAUUGUUAAUUACCGAGACAAUCGUACUUUUAUAGGGGAGAAUCUGUAGACAAGUUUUAUAAAAUUAAAUGAAUGAACUUGACGUUUAGUUUUCUAUGGAAUUUUAAUUGAGUUCCGGGAGCCGAUGCAA